CAGAAAAUAGGGAACAACGAUUUUCAUUACUGGAUACCUUUUGCGUUGCUGGGGGAACCAUUCACCCUUGAUUGUAAAUAGAUAUACAUAUUCACAAACAAUUAAUUCUAAAACUUUGACUGUAAAAAGAUUCAUUGUAGUACAGAAUCAGAAUGUCGAAAAAAUUAGCCACCGAAAGUUGCGUUCACAAGGAGCAGGAACCAGGUGUAAUUAGCAAUGAAAUGCUCACGAAGGCUAUCAUUGAGCAGGGCCAUAAAGGUGAGGCCGGCCGGCUGGCACGCAUGGACGAAAUUCAGUUGGAGUCGAUUACCGUCAUUCGGUUGGAGUUUCAAAAUAUACUAAAAAUUGACCAUCUUUGGGUAUUAAAGAACUUGGAAAUUCUAUCGUUGGCAUUCAAUAAAAUCGAUAAAAUUGAAAACCUACACCGCUUGACUAAACUGAAAGAACUGAACUUGUCGUUCAAUUUCUUAGAACAAGUGGAAAAUCUUGAUCAAUUAGUGCAACUUCGAACAUUGUCACUUUUUGGAAAUCGUAUAAAAAAAUUGGAGAACUUAGAUCGUUUGGAAAAGUUAGUUAUUUUUAGUGCCGGAAAAAAUAAAAUCAAAUCUCUCGAAGGAUUAGAACGCUUGCGGUUUUUGAAAGAUUUGCGAUCGUUAAAUUUGGCAGAAAAUCCAAUAGCUGAGGAUGAAAAUAAACCAUUGAGACUUUACGUCGCCUGUCUAUUACCCCAUUUGAAGUAUUAUCAAUAUGUUCUUAUAAAAUCGGAAGAACGAGAAUCAGGAAAAGAGAUGUUCACCCGUGAAUUACAAGACAUUCUUGAGAAUGAAAAGUUUGAAAUAAUCGAAAGGGAGCGAAUUGCGAAAGAGAAAGCCGAUGAGGUGUACCUCUCGAAGAGUUUCGUUGAACAUCUGAAUGGGCACCAACUGUUUGAAUCACUUUUCAUCGAAGAUCCAGACGGCGAAGCUCUUCUGGCCAUCGGUGAGGAUGCCCUUGAGCUGAGGAACGAGUAUUUGACCGAGGCAUACACAUUUACGCAACAAAUCUAUAAAAUUGGCCUGGAGCAAUAUGAACGACGCCAGAAGGAAAUCCAGUUGUACAACCGAUGCAUCGAGAUGGAACGAAAGAAAGCGCAAAAACUUGGUCAAGACAUCAUUAACCGUUUCUUGGAGGUGUACAACCGCGUGUGCCCCGGGGUGAAACAAAUCGUGAUCAAGCUGGGCAAAAAUUCACUUCAGCGGAGUGAUUCGCCUUUGACAUCGCCGUCGGCGCACAGCAUGCAGCCGCUUUUGGAUGAACUUGAUCUGGCCAAGGACGAAUUCAACUCCAUCUUCGAGGACUCGUGGCACACGUUGAUGAGCAUCGAGAUGCAGCUGUUCGAGCGAACAGAAGAGGGCAACUCCAACUUCGAAAAUACGAUCAAAGAGAUGACGAACGAGUUCAUUGAGCUAUCGCAGGCCCAGUUCGUGCUGAUGCGUGAGGCAGAGAUUAAUUUCAGCGAUGCGCUGAUUGGAAUUGUACAGCAGUUUGUGACGUUCAAGGCUGCGUCUGGACAUGCAAAGGAUAUUCCAAGAGGGCUGCAAGAGUCAUUGGACGACAAAGAUGUAAUAAGUAAUUUGGCUGCUGGGAUGCGUGACCAUCAUAUGCAGGUAAUAGACGCUCGAGAAGACAAGCUGAUCAACAGAACACGCAACUGGGUCAGAGAACUUUGCGAUGGGCUACAGAAAUCGGAGAUCAAGCGAAAUCGUGCCAAAGUGCUUGAGAUCACGUACUUUUUGGACCACCAUCGUCAGUUGUUUUAUGCACUGUUUGAAGAUGUCGUACCGGUAAAGGAGGAGAAAAAGAGACUGUUUUCGAAGGUUCACUUCACAGACGAAUAAUAACAUAAGAGAGGUGCAAUCUUUAUAUUUCAAUAUUCGUGAGAGCCUAAAACAGACAUUUUUAAACUAUAACUUAAAAUAACAAA